AUGUCGACCCAAUCUCCUCACCCUCCGACCCCCAAGGGUUCGCGCAACAAUCGUCGCCCUCAGAAGAAGAAUAUGACCCCUCAUGUCCCGAACCCGGCGCUCCUUUCUACUCCUCCGUCAUCCCCGCCGCAUAACAUGACCCCCGGGAUCAUUCAGGUGGAUUCGUUGAACAACUUCAACUCUUCCAAGAAGAAGCCUCUGCGCUCAGGCAAGAAAUCGCGAGACAACAAAGCUUCACCUGCCCCGCACUCUGGAUACCACAGUAAUGGGUACAACAGUGGUUCCCGAUACACACCAACCCACCCCGCUGUCACCUCUCCUCAGACAAAGCCGAGCGCUGCCUAUGCUGGACCGACGUUCCACGCAUCGCCUGCGCCAUCAGCUCUACCAAUGCCUAGCUUUUUCUCCAAGUCAGCUCCUGAUGCCAAUCUCGUCCCACCCAUCGAGACCGAUAGUGACGAUGCGGUGGACCCCGAACCAGAGAUGACUCCAUCCAAGCCUCGCAACCGCAACAACCAAUCCAAGCUUGAAGAGCACAAACCUUCACCUCUUGACUUCCUCUUCAAGGCUGCUGUGCAAGCCAGAGACCAGAAGUCUACGAGCAGCCCUGAGGUGAACAAGGUGCUUCAGUCUCCCCAGACCGAACCCAGGGUCUCGCGCCCCAAUUCUGAUGGCAUGUUUGCAUUUGAAAUGGGAAAAUCUGACCACGCUCGCAACUCACACAUUGGUCCUUCUUUUGCUCCUUCUUACCAGGAUCGUAUGAAUGCGCUGCGACCCUCGAGCACCCCUCAGUCCUCUGACAUGACUGAUGAGGAGCGACGGAUCAAGACCGAGGAGUUGAAGCACCUGUUGCUCAACCCACCCCCCGCAGAAGCCUCCAUCUUCAGCUUAUGCCUCGCACGAUUAUGCUGGAUCCUUUGGGUCCCGUCCUUCCAAUGUACCUCCCUAUGCUACUCCCAUGCGAACCUCGUCUGGUCCUCACUGCAACAGCAGCAGAUUCCUCAGACCACUGGGCCUCCUCGCUAUCCAUACCCUGCCCAUUCUCACUCACCCCUGCGCCGGCAAGUUGAGAUCGUCCCGCCCCCUUCGAUGCCUCAGUAUCGUGGUCCUCCCUCAAAUGGUGCCUCGAAUCGAGCUUCCCCGGCGCCAUAUGGCAAUCCGUACAUGGCAGCCUCCCAGUAUCAACGGAAUGGCUAUGCUUCGCCUCAACCAAGCCAUGCAUCGGCUUCAUUCCAAAUGCCCGUGACCUCACCAUCUCCGUCCCGGGUGGUGGACACCCGCCAAAUUGAGAAUGAUAUUCGUCGGGUUUUGAAGCUUGAUACCUCGGGGCCUCCGGUCACUCAGAGCUCCGCAUAG